AUCUGUAAUACCAAACACGUCGGGACAUUUCUCCGGACUCCGGUCAGAAUAAUUUCUCCUUAAAAGCGGCCGAUUUGUUCACGCCGAGGGCGCCAAGCAACGCCGCGCUGGUGGGUCUAGGAAGGUUGCAGCAAGCUUGAAGGUUUUUCAGAUUCUUUAUUUGAGGACGAUGGAAGUGAGAGGGGUCUCAGGUGUUGCUUCCCAUGGAUUUGGAGUUCCGCCAUGCAGUAGUACAACAAGGGCCUCCAAAAUCAAGUCUUUUAAGUUUCAUUCGAGUUUUAAGAAUGUCCCACAUAUGAGGCUAGUGAUGUCACAUAAAGUCAACUGUUACGAGGCAAAUCCUAUGUUUUGGGGUAGAGAAUUUCAAUCAAGGCAUAAGCAUUUGAAUGGUGUAGCUCCUUACAAGUGGCCUUGCAAACACACAAGUUCAUUGUUUGUCUGUUCUGUCUCAAAUUAUGGAGCAGGGAAUGAUGUUGAAGAUUUUAAAUCAGUUGAAAAAAAAGUGAAAAAGGAUAUCAAGCUUCCAGAUUCAUUUGAGGUGGAAUCCUUGAUUACAACUAUUUGUGAUACAACCUCUAUUGCAGAGUUUAAAUUGAAUCUUGCUGGCUUCAAUCUCUACAUCAAAAGAAACUUGGUUACGGAAAAUGUUCUCAAGCUUGCUCCAAAUCCUCCAUUAAGUAUCUCAGCUCCGGUUCCAGUGUCAAAUGGUUCUGCUUCCAGUACCUCAUUGACCAUCUCUAAAUCUAAACCUUCUUCAGAUGGAAUUCAGGGAAUUCUUGAUACAGCUACAGAUGAAGGAUUGGUGAUUCUUCAAUCACCAAUGGUUGGAUAUUUUAGGAGAGCCCGUACAAUAAAAGGAAAGCGAGCACCACCAUCUUGUAAGGAGAAACAAGAGGUGAAGGAAGGGCAAGUUCUUUGCUAUGUUGAACAGCUUGGUGGGGAGAUCCCUAUAGAAUCUGAUGUUUCCGGUGAGGUGAUAAAGAUCUUGAGAAAAGAUGGAGAGCCUGUAGGAUAUGGUGAUGCUCUUAUUGCGAUUCUCCCUUCCUUUCCUGGGAUUAAGAAGCUUCAGUAAUUUGCUAGCUCCAACGCCCAGCUCUAAUCAUGCAUUUCUUGCACUUCGGCCCCCUCUCCACUUUCUCAAAAAGGUACGUAAUUAACCUAUGGAAACUUUUUAUUAUACCUAUUUUAGUGGAACUUUAUUCAAAAAGGAUGUGUUCUGAAGCCUUAAGCAGAAUUGACAUCUUUCUGAACAUUUGCUUUAAUGUAUUUCUGGGCAUUAUAUUGUUUACUAUAUGGAAGAAGCUAACAUGGAAUCUGUCCUUAAGUCUUGUACUUUAUGGGUAUCUAUAGUUCAAGUACCAAUUAACUUCUCCGUA